AUGGAGCGUCGUACACUGUACGACAUGUUCGCUGACGCUGUGUCCGACUGCAGAGAGCAGACCGCAGUGACAUUUGAUGAUGGUACCGGGAGAGCCCAGUGUCUGCGCUACAGAGAGCUGCAGACACUGUCCACUGAACUGUCCUGCAUCCUCCGGGAGACGUGUCCCCUCAAUAAAAGUAUAAUUGGCCUGUGCUGUCGUGAAAACUUGCUUUUGCCCGUCUGGAUUCUGGGGAUCAUGCAGACACCUGCUGCUUAUGCCCCUCUGGACCCAGCUGACCCUGGUCUGUUCUCCUACAGAGUCAUGGAGCGCUGUGGUGUCCAGUACUGUGCAAUUCAGACUGAGCUCCUAGAGAAAUUCCAGAAAAGUCUUGGAGAAAUGUUAAUACUGUCAGUUUGUGUAGUGUUGGCCAAGUUCAAGCUCACAGUGGUAAAAGUGAAGUCCCGAGAUGAAGCUGAUACCCACACUGAAAUAAGCAAGUCUCAGACAGUAGAUGAUGCUGUUUAUAAUAAGGAGACUUUUGCCUAUGUGCUACAUACAUCUGGAACAACUGGAAUACCUAAGAUUGUGAAAGUACCUCACAAAUGUAUCCAGCCCAAUAUAAGGGACUUAAAUUCAUUGUUUCAGAUUACAAACAAAGAUGUUAUUUUCCUUGCAUCACCUUUGACUUUUGAUCCAUCUGUGGUGGAGAUCUUCAUGGCAUUAACCUCAGGAGCACAACUUUUAAUUGUUCCAGCAAUUCUUAAGAAGAUACCCCAGAGGUUAUCCCAGCUACUGUUCAAGUCUAACAAGACAACUUUUCUCCAGGCUACGCCCUCUCUAUUAUAUCGGUUUGGUCCAAAGAUCCUGAAACAAGAAGUUUUGUCAGUAAGCUCCUCUUUGCGUAUUCUUCUUCUGGGAGGAGAGCCUUGCCCCACUCCAGAACGUCUGGCAGAUUGGAAACACAAAGACAACAAUACUGAAAUUUAUAACAUCUAUGGCAUCACUGAAGUGUCCUGCUGGGCCUGCUGCCAUAGAAUCACAGACAGAGAACUGCAGUCACGUCAAGCUUCUCCUGUACCUCUCGGAUUUCAAAUGGCAGGCACUGAGGUGGAAGUCCGAGAUGAUCAUGGAGCAGUUAUCGAACAAGGAGAGGGACAAGUAUUUAUAGGUGGCGAGCACAGGGUGUGUCUAAUAGAUGAUGAGGACGCUUUUGUCUCUGGGACGAUGAGAGCCACUGGAGACUGGGUGAGGCUCAAAGACGGACAGAUGCAUUUCCUCGGACGCAGAGACCGAAUGAUCAAACGUCACGGACAGCGCCUCAGUCUGGACGAGGUGCAGCAGCUUAUAUUAACCUUACCAAUGGUGGAGGCCUGUGCUGUGGAGCUCUCUGAAAACCGUCUGAUGGCAUUUAUAGUGACGUCGAAAUCUGAGGAUGUAAAAGCUUCCCACGUCGUUGCGUGUGACGACACAAAGAGAGCGCAGGAGGAUGGGGCUGGAGAAGUGUGUAGAAGCAUCCGGGCUGAAUUAUCACACACACUCGCACACUUCAGUGUCCCCAACACUGUGAUGGUCGUGCCGCAACUACCACUGACUGCUCACGGUAAAGUGGACAUGAAGGCUCUUAUGAAGAUUUAUCAGACACAUAGAAAUGAAAUCGUGGGCAGGUCAGAUGAAAGUUUAUCAAAGGAAACUCUGGAAACAUUGUGGAAGAAUUCCCUUGGCCUUCCUGAAGACGUGCCCAUAAAUGAGGGUUCCAACUUCCUGCUCAGCGGCGGAGACUCUCUCAAAGCAUUAAAAAUGCGAAAAACCGUGUUUAUUGGGUCCCACUCACACCGGAUGCAGGCCCUGGACUUAGACUCGGGAAAUGUCAUUUGGGAGCGGGUUCUUGGAGACCGGAUAGAAGCCUCAGCCACUGUGUCUCAAUGUGGAACUCUUGUGAUUGUAGGUUGUUACGACGGUGGUGUGUAUUUUUUGAGCGUGUCGUCUGGAGAAACUGAGUGGGUGUUUAAAACCGGAGACACGGUGAAGUGCUGUCCGGCUGUUGAUGUCGCCACUGGUUUGGUUUUGGUCGGAUCACACGACGGACACGUUUACGCCCUGAGCCCAAAGACUCAUGAUUGUGUGUGGAAGCAUCACUGUGGAGGAGGAGCUGUUUUCUCCUCUCCCUUCGUUCAGCCGUCACUCAGACUUUUGUUUGUGGCGACGUUGGGAGGUCGUCUUCUGUGCCUGAAUUUGGACACUGCAGAGGAGCUGUGGUCCUACUCCAAAGAGGUCCCAUUUUUCUCGUCUCCGUGCAGCUCUGAGACGUGUGUUGUGAUUGGUUCAGCCGAUGGAAAUAUUUGUGCAUUUAGCCUCGAUGGAAAACUGCUCUGGCAGUUCCUGACGCAGGCUCCAGUCUUCUCCUCUCCGUGUGUGAGUGUGGAGAGCGAGGAGUGCGUGGAGCGCGUGGUGUGCGGCUCUCACGAUGGUCACGUCUACUGCCUAAACGCCGCAGACGGAGCUCUAAUCUGGAGCUUUGAGACGUCUGGAAGGGUGUACUCCAGCCCCUGUGUGUUUGAGGCUCCUGGGGUGGGGGCCACGCUGGUGGGCCUGGCCUCCACAGAUGGGACAGUCUGGGUCCUGGAUGCUGGAUCGGGACUGAAGCGGGCCUCCCACACGCUCCCGGGAGAAUUGUUUUCCUCCCUGGUUGUUCACAAGGACUCACUUGUUAUUGGCUGCAGAAAUGAUUAUGUUUAUUGUUUAAAACUAGACGCAUCGUAA